AUGGACAUGCUGUCGUUGGAGCACCAGCAACGACUCAUCGCAAAGAGGGAUAAGCCGUUUGAACUCAAGGAAGUGGCCAGUGAGAUUCAUUCAGAACUGAAUCCACAUCCUGCCGGACAGAAAGACCUGAACGUUCCCAAGGAUGAUAAACUUACAGGUGUUCAACACAAGUAUGCCUCCACCAUUUUGUUUUUUCCCGCCGCGGGACAAACGUGCCACGCAUACUGCACUUAUUGCUUUCGGUGGGCUCAGUUCAUUGGGGACUCAGACCUGAAAUUUGCGCAGAGUGAUGCUGAAAGCGUCUUCGCCUACCUCGAAAAUCACCCGGAGGUCACUGAUAUUCUCUUCACCGGCGGUGAUCCCAUGAUCAUGAAGACGCGAUUUCUUCGCAGAUAUCUUGAGCCCUUCAAAGAUCCCAAGUUCCUUCCGCACAUCCAAAAUCUUCGCAUCGGAACCCGGAGCUUGACAUUUUGGCCGCAACGCUUUCUGACGGAUGAUGAUGCCGAGGAGGUGCUUGAACUCAUGAAUGAGAUUCGCCAAGUUGGACAGCGACAUGUCGCCAUCAUGGCACAUUUGGGCCAUGCCAGAGAGCUGCAAACGGCCAAGGUGCGUCAGGCCAUUCGUCGCCUGCAAAACGAGGCCAAGGUGGUCAUUCGCUCCCAAGCGCCUUUGAUGCGCGGAAUCAACGACGAUGCCAAGAUCUGGGCCGAGAAGUGGCGCAUGGAGGUGAAUUUGGGUAUUGUGCCCUAUUACAUGUUCUUAGCGCGUGAUACUGGCGCUCAAUCCUUCUUCAGCGUGCCACUGGCGGAAGCACAUGACAUUUUUGCUGAUGCCAUAAGAUCUACCAGUGGCUUAUGUCGCACCGUGAGGGGUCCCAGCAUGAGUUGUACACCUGGGAAGGUGGAGAUUUUGGGUUUGGAAGAGGUCAACGGCGAGAAAGCCUUCGUGUUGCGCUUCGUGCAGUGCCGGGAUGAAUCCUGGUGGCUGCCGGCUGCCGCCUUGGCCGUGCCGCAAGCCACAUGGCCCGCGGCGUUUGAAGCGUGGUACGCUUCUGACUACAAACACACCACGGGUCUCUACGCAACUGACUCCAGCAAAGAUGUUGCGGCGUCGCGCAUUGUUCUUGGAGACGGAAGUGGAGAUCAUCUUUGCUCUGCCUUUCACACGUCGACGAGGUGUGAACAACUGACAGUGGGUGGUUUCCGCUAUCUCUACUUUCCCAACGUCAAGGAUUGCUGCAAAUGUUGCACCUACACGGCUGGUAGCUACGACUGUGGAGGUCCUGUGGGCCCACAGUGGGUGAACAAUGCCACCGGAAAUCUGCAGUAUCUGGGCCGAGAAGAGAUUUUGGGCCGGACUUGUCACAAAUGGAGCGUCGAAGGGGUAUUCCCUGGUCAUUUGAACUACUACUUUGAGGACGUUGCCAGCGGACGGCCUUGUGGCAUUGAUGGCUACAACUACCUCAGGACACCAGCCGAACCGGCAGAUGACCAAUACCUCUUUGAGGUUGAAGGUUUGAACUUGACAGUGGAUCCCUCCACAUUUCAUGUGCCUGACAUGUGUCGGGACUCGAGAUAUUGCGCUGGGAAGGCCUUUAGCCCACCACCACCGCCCAGCUCGUUGCCACCACUGGGCGCGUUGGGCCUUCAGCCGCCUCCACCACCGACCUUUGAGACGCCAGUUGCCUUUCCUCAAAUCCAGCCAGGAGCCCAUCCAACACAUCACGUUGUGAUGCCAGGAGCUCCUCCCGCCCCGAGCGCGGCGGCCUUCACCGCCUUUCCGGCGCCUGUGGCUGCGCCGUGCGCUCCGUUCGCUCCGCCCAGGGGCCCUCAAGGGCCAUCCUUGGGCGAUGCGGAGGUGAAGGCUGCAGCCUCCGCUGCGCUGAGUAAAUUCAUGAAGGACUUGCCCAACGACUCGCCCAGCCAGCCCAGCCACAGCCACAAGCGUUCGCGUUCGCGAAGUGGGCGAAGUGGGCGAAGUAGUUCCACGUCGCGGCGGCGGAGGAGGAAGAGAAGCCGCUCGCGGAAGCGGAAGAAGAGCAGCAAGGAAGGUGAUGAAACUUUACUGGAACCACCCCCUGCGCCCCGAAGCAAAUGGGAUGAUUCUACCACACCGGCCUGGAUGCAAGAUAUGGUCGAAGCCUUGAAGAACGACUCAACGCGACCCAGAACUUCAACGGCUUCCACAGCUUCACCCCCCGCAGUGUCCAAAAAGAACGACCCGGACCAACCCAAAGGGCACAAAGUCAUUGAUCUCCCUGCGCAUCUCAUCCGAGUGCUGAUUGGCAAAGCUGGUUCGACCAUCAGAGAGGUCAUCAGCAGGACCGGGUCGGAUAUCAAGGUGAAUCACUUGCCGCACGAGCCACAUGGAAGUAUUUCUGUCGUUGGAGACAUUGCGAAAACAGAGGCGGUGAUUCAGGAAGUCUUUCGAGCGAGAGGAUGCAAAUGGUCGCCAACUGGUGCCCCCUUGGCUGAGCAAAGCCAGGAAGAUGUGCCGAUUUCCGCAGAUUUGGUGGGACUUUUCAUUGGUAAAGGUGGUGAAACCAUCAAAGACCUUCGAGAAAGGUGCGGUGGACAGGUGUCAAUCACCAUCCAACCCGCUUCGACACCUGGGGGAAUGCAGGGCGUUCGCGUGGUGGGAGACAACUGGAAACUGGCCAAAGCUCUGGUUCGUGCCAAGAUUGAAGACUGGGACCUCCCACGCAUUUGGCGUCGCCGCAGCCUGGAUGGCACCGGAAGUUCCAAACGGCAGCGCCGCCUGUCUCAGGUGACGCAGGAGCCUGUCGAUCCGCUGACCAAACUCUUCAGGCGCAACGUGGCACCCCCGGCACCCCCGGCACCCGACCACGACCAACAGCGGCGACCAACGCGACCUUUGCCAGCGGCGCUGUUGGCAGCUGCAGCGGCCUUUGGGCCGAAGGCCAAGGUGACACCAUCUGUGGAUUUGGCGGAUUUCGUGGUCCCUGUGCAAGUGCCAGAGAAAAGCCCGCAAGUGUCGCCUAUGCCGAAGCGCAAAGAGCAAGAAGAGCGUCUCUCUCUCACCUCCUGGGCUGUUGAAGGCUUCACAGGGGGUGGACCUGAGCUCCGCAGACUGAGUGGAGAAGGGCGUCUGAGUCUUGAAAUGGUGUCCAAGUUGCGGCUGAAGAAGCGAAAUGCCAUAGAUCUGCACACGCGAAAGCAAUCGGUGGAUCACACUGAAGUGGAACCAGAGCAUUCGCACUUUGUCCCUUUGUGCAUCUUAGAGAGGAAAGCGCCUGUGGAGAUGCUGACCCCUCAGGUGGCCCCGCGUCGAUCACGCAAGUCUUCCGUCAAAGCUAGGCCGUCAGCCGCUUUGGGCGGUGCUCAUCGAGGACUUUGGCUCCAAAGCUUCCGACGAUACUUGUACGAUGGCGAAAUCCAUGCUGAUGAUCUGACGAAGGCGCUUCUGCACAGUGGCAUUGAGGACGUCCGGCCGGAGCUCAUUGCCUUGGUCCUUUGCAAAGUGGCGGAAUACAAUACUUUGGAUGAAGAUGAAUUCCUCCACUUCAUGUGCCAGUAUGAAGAAGAACAGCGAGAAGAUGCACUGACACACUUCCAGAACUUUGCCGUGAACGGUCAGGUUACUAUGGAAUCGAUGUCUGGGUUGCUGGCUGCUCUGGAGUUGAAUCCACGAGGUCGAGUGCUCAGGCAGAUCUGCCAGGAGGUCAGUGGAGAGCGCCUUUUUGAAGCCUCGACAGGUUUAGACUUUCCACAGUUUCUGAAGGUCGUAGAAAUGCUGAGACAACGUUUCUGUUUCUUGCAGGAAGAACUGGAGCAUUUCAGAAGCGUUUUUCAGGUCUUUGAUCGAGACCAUUCGGGUGGGAUGAGUUUAGCAGAGCUCAGUAGCGCUUUGGCCUGGCUCGGAUUUCCCAUCUCUGGAAGCCUGUGCUCUUUGCACCAGCAGCAUGAUCUGGACAGCAAGGGCGUUUUGACAGAGGUGGAAUUCCUGCGUUGCUUACGUUCUUUGUACGAGGAGGAAGCUCAGAUCAUCAACCAAUACCUCAAUCUCUUGCAGAACGGCAGGCAGCUAUGUAAGACGGAAGAGCGCCCUACGGAACAGCUUCUGUAUACCUUGGGCUACACGGCCACAGUGGACAUUUUGGUGGAUUCUUUACAGGCUCACAACCUCUGCAAGGGAUACGUGCGCAACAGUCAGCUGCUGGGGAUGCCCUUCGCAGACGUGGAGUUCAGUCUUGGCCUGGACGAGCUGCGCGAGCUGACCUGCAGCAUCCGCACGCGCGAUGGCUUCAGCGAUGAGGAGAUGGAAGAGAUGAGGAAAGCCUUCAACAUGCAGUCGUCAGAAGCUGAAAUUUCCACGCCAGCCAUACAGAAGGCUUUGCGAUGGCUUGGACAUAUGUAUAGCUUUGAGAUGGUGCAGCACUUAGUGACGCAACUGGAUAUCGAUGGCGACUGCAUGUUGGAUUUUACGCUCUUCGUGAAGUUGAUUCGUAGCUUGGGAAAAACUUUAAGUGCUAGCGAGAUUUGGAGGACCAUGUUCUGA